GUCGGCUGGCAGGCAGCUGCUGGAGUAACCUCUCCCGCUCGUGUUCUCGUUAGUCCAUUCCAGGUGCUUGACUCUCAGCUCCAAGUCCCUGCAAGGGGCAACCCCUGGAGACAUAAUGCCCCACCCCCACCAAGGUCAGUGACCGAGCGACUUGGGCUCGCCUUCGUCUGUUUUGUUUUGAACUUUGACAACUGCACAUACUCUACUUACCAGUCAUACCCCACUGGUAACAGCACGACUCUGUACAAAAUUUUCCUACUACUUGAAGUACGGUUCUUUGCGCUCUCCAUACAACCAUGACCGAUUCUAAGAAGGUCUUCUCGCUCGAGGGCAAGGGCUUGAAGCUGACCACAGCCGAGGACCUCGAGCCUCACGUCAAAGACCUGAGGGCCCUGGAAGACCUGGAGGAGAUCAGACUGCUUGGGAACACUCUCGGGGUUGGUGCUUGCAAGCUCCUGGGAGAGAUACUAGCUACCAAGAAGACAUUGCAGGUCGCAAAUCUCGCUGACAUCUUCACCGGCCGUCUCCUGAGCGAGAUCCCCGAGGCCCUCUCCUACUUGCUCACGUCCAUCCUUAACCUGCCGAAUCUCCACACGAUCAACCUGAACGACAACGCCUUUGGACUCAACACCCAGGCCCCUCUUGUCGCAUUCCUCGCCGCACACGUGCCUCUCCAGCACCUCUAUCUGAACAACAAUGGACUGGGUCCCCAUGCCGGGAUCCUUGUCGCCGAUGCGCUGAGCGAACUCCACGCCAAGAAGGAGGCGGCGCGGAAGGAAGGAAAGACGGUGCCCGACUUGGAGACCGUCAUCUGUGGGCGCAACCGCUUGGAGAACGGCAGCAUGACAGCAUGGGCCAAGGCAUUCAGCCUCCACAACAAGAUCAAGGAGGUCAAGAUGGUACAGAACGGCAUUCGCCAGGAGGGUAUCUCGCAUCUCCUCAGCAAUGGGCUGAACAACGCCUCUGGCCUGGUCACACUAGACCUCCAGGACAACACGUUCACGUUGAUGGGUGCGAAGGCCCUCGCAAAGGUCACGCCAACCUGGGCUGAGCUGAAAGAGCUUGGAAUUGGAGACUCUCUCCUGGGCGCCAAGGGUGGUGUUCUCCUUGGUGAAGCUCUUGCUAAGGGCGGCAACAAGAAAUUGGAGAUCGUGCGCCUGCAAUACAACGACAUUACCCCCAAGGGCGUGGCAAGCCUGGCCAAGGCUGCAAAAGAGGGUCUCCCGGCACUCAAGAAGAUUGAGCUCAACGGAAACAAGCUUAGCGAGGAUGACGAGGGCAUUGUUGCUCUGCAAGAGCUUCUGGAGGAGCGCAAGGAGAAGCUUGGCGGCGACGUGGUGAUCGAGGACGACUGGGGCCUGGACAGCCUGAGCGACCUUGAGGGCGAGGACUCGGACGAAGAGGAGGAGGAGGAAGACGAAGAGGAAGACGUUGGGCCUGAGGAGCGGGCCGAGAAGCUGGUCAAGGAGGCCGAGGAGGCUCAGGAGGAACCUGUCAUCCAGCAGAAGGACAAGGAGGUGGAUGACCUAGCCAAGGAUCUGGAGAAGACUUCAAUCUAGAUUGGCAUUGUCAAUGUGCGGCGGUCCUUGGUUUCAAGAAGUAGAAAUGUCAAGAGGUUAGGCUAGGAAUGAUUAGACGAUACCCGAAUACAAUAUGACCUCCCGGUAAGCGAAGGUGCUUUCACUUGA